CUAAUUUCAGGGUUCUUUUCUUUCAUUGUCGCCGUUUGUAAGCUUUUGAAUCCCAAAUCCUCAAAUGGCUCCAAAGAAAGGUCUCAAAGCAGUUGCAGCUAAGAAGAAAACGGAGAAGGUGACCAACCCGCUGUUCGAAAAACGGCCGAAGCAGUUUGGGAUUGGUGGAGCUUUGCCUCCAAAGAAGGAUCUUCACAGAUUUGUGAGAUGGCCACAAGUGGUCAGGAUUCAGAGGAAAAGGAGGAUCCUCAAGCAACGUUUGAAGGUCCCCCCAGCUUUGAACCAGUUCACCAAGACCCUUGACAAGAAUCUCGCAACUACUUUGUUCAAAAUGCUUCUGAAGUACAGGCCUGAGGAUAAAGCAGCAAAAAAGGAACGUCUCAUGAAAAAGGCUGAGGCUGAGGCUGAAGGAAAGACAGUUGAAUCAAAGAAACCAAUUGUUGUGAAAUAUGGUCUGAACCAUAUUACCUACCUUAUUGAGCAGAACAAGGCACAGUUGGUAAUCAUUGCCCAUGAUGUUGAUCCAAUUGAGUUGGUAGUCUGGCUUCCAGCGCUUUGCCGAAAGAUGGAGAUCCCAUACUGCAUUGUGAAGGGGAAAUCAAGACUAGGAGCUAUUGUCCAUCAAAAGACCGCAGCUGCACUUUGUUUGACCACAGUCAAGAACGAAGAUAAGAUGGAAUUCAGCCGCAUAUUGGAGGCCAUCAAGGCAAAUUUCAAUGACAAAUUUGAGGAGUACAGAAAGAAGUGGGGUGGUGGGAUAAUGGGAUCGAAAUCACAGGCAAAGACCAAGGCAAAAGAGAAAGUGAUGGCCAAGGAAGCUGCUCAGAGGAUGAAUUAGAGAAGUUAUAUGGUUAAAUAUAAUGUCUGUUUGAAGUUAAGGUUGCCCUUUUUUAUCUUUAAAAGAUUUUGUUAAUUUUAGAAUAUUGUUCUUCGAUUUUGAAACUUUUGGGAGAUCGUUUUUUGUAUGUGUUUGGCCGUUGGACUCAUGACAGCUACUUCAAUUCGAGUCUCUUAUGAAGAUCCAA